AUGAGUGCUGACCCCGAGGCGCCAGCGGACCCGUCUCGGGUUAGCGGCGGCCACAUUGUACGCAACAUGAUCUACGCCCACGAUGAGAAUCACAACCUGGCGAUUCUCUCGGGAUGGUCGGAGCAGGGGACACGUGAGUAUGACCAGGAGACGGUUCGGCCUGCGAGCGCGAACAUGAAUACAGGUCAUCCGUGCUUUUCACUCAACCAAGAGCUGCUGCGGUGCUCCUACAGUUGCCCCACGGAGAUGAAGCUGGGAGGGCGGACGGCCACCUGCAAUACAGAGCGUCAGGUACUCAUGCGGUGUCUCGUGAAGAACAAGCAGUGGAAACCCGAUGAGACGAAGAGACGGCCGCUGUAUCGCUUCUGGUGA